AUGUCGGUUAGUGAUAAGAAAUUCAAUGAAAUGAUGACCCAUAAUAAGAUGCUAGAGAACCAAAUCCCUAAUUUAGCUAGUGCUUUGAAAGACAAUACAAGCCCUUCUUCUUUACCUUCCCAAGGUCUUGACCCCAAGGAACCGGUUUAUUAUAUCACCACUAGAAGUGGCAUAGUGCUAGAGGAUAGAGUUUCUAAGAGGAGUCAAGAGAAGGAAAAGGUGAGUGACUUAUUUGAUGAUGAAGAGCAUAACGUGUCUAGCAAGAAGGGUGAGAGUUCUAAUGAGAAGGCCAAUAAGAAAGAUAGAAUGCAAGAUGAGGUUAUCAAACCCAAACUUCCGUACCCCCAAAAGUUCACGAGGCACAAAUUGGAUGAACAAUUUGGGAAAUUCAUCGAGAUGCUAAAGCAAAUUCAUCUUUCUAUUCCUUUCACCGAUGUUUUGCAACAAAUGCCAAACUAUUCUAAGUUCCUUAAGGAAAUCUUGAGUGGUAAGAGAGAGUGCAAUGUGGUUGAUUCGGUGAGUGUUGGGGAAUGUUGUAGUGCUCUUAUCUAUAAUGACCUUCCCCCAAAGAUGAAAGACCCGGUGAAUUUCUCCAUCCCUUGCAAUACCAAUGGCAAAUUGUUCCAAAAUGCUCUUUGUGAUCUUGGUGCUAGUGUUAGCAUCAUGCCAUGUUCCGUCGUCAAGAAGCUUAAGUUAGAGAUUGCGAAAGAUGACAAUAUUCCUAUCAUUUUAGGGAGACCAUUCCUAGCGACUUCGGGGGCUUUAAUUGAUGUGAAAGGCAGCAUUAUUACUUUGUUUGUGUCUUCUACUAAUGAUAUGCUUGUAGCUUGUGAUGAUACUCCUAAAUGUGUUGAAAGCAAGAUUUUUAGUGAAGAAGACAAGGAGUCCUCAAAGCUAGAGAAUGAGUUUAAAAUGCCUUCUUAG